CCACACAAUAUCGCGACAUUCGGUGCGGCAAAACGCAAAUAUUCCCCGCAUAUUGUUGCGUCAAGUAUGGCAAAAAUCUUCUAAGCAAUAAAGACCGACUGAGUACACAGUCGAAUACUUCCUCAGCUACCAAAAUUUAUGGAAACCUCGUCGAGGAGACUUAAUAUUCAAACACAUGUGUCGGUGAUUGUAGCCUUCCUCCUAUCCCUCCCCCUCCCGCCCCGCCAUACGCCCUCACCGUACCUGUCCUCCUCGCAACGAACUAUGAGGGCUAUAUCGCGCGUAUUCGUUUGCCUCAUCGCCGCGAGCAGCACGUGGGUGUGUGCCCACCCGGUGUUGGGUAUUAGGUAUAAUGCGUUAGAUUAUUUUCGCAUAUGCCGGGUUUGCCCCGCAAUCUCAGAAGUUGUUCUACCGUGUUGACAGGUUUUCUAACAUCAAUUUGAAAAUUUCAAUUUAAGUCAUUGUAAAUUAAUCGCAAAUUGAGGUUCACUAUCGGCAUUGGCCAGACAAAUGUUUAAAAUUGUGGCUGUAUAUCUCGAUUGUUAUUGACAAGAGUUCAAUAGUAUGGUUUAUAGGAAGAUAAAAAAAUACUGACUGGUUUGCACGUGGCGAACGUAAUUUUUCGCUGAUGAGUGUGAAUAUGUGGCUUGAACGAAAGACGAUGUUUUCCUCUAGUUUCGUAGUGAAUCGUUGAAAUAGUUUCGCUUAUCGCGGGAGUGGUGGAGAAGAGUUCUGACGGUUUGAAGUUUGUUCUUUUUUGAGACAGUGGCAAUCAUAGAUUCAUACUCGUUGAAUAGUUUGAAAAUCAUUUCAGGGCAAAGUUGGAGAGGAGUAUCUGGUGGAAAAGUUUUUGCCUUCGAUAGUUGAACGUUAAAUUCACAAUCGAAUUCUUCGUCAACUCGGUCGAUUUGAUUCUUCGGAUUGAACUAGUCGCUGGAGGUGGAAUUUCUCAUCAAAGUGAAUUUCAUGUGAACGAAUGGAGACUGAUCAUCGAGGUAAAAUUAUGUCGAAUUAGUUGGUAAAUCCCAAUAAGCCGUAGAGUGGAUUCUGACCCUGACAGUGACGCCAGUGGAAAAAAAAACCGAUGAACGACUGUCGUCCAACUUUACUCAACUCACACAAUCGUUGCCGUCUCGUUAGCGUUUGCGGACGUUUGUAUUAAUUGGGAAAAUAAAUCAGUGAAAGAAAAAUUAAUCCCGAUACAUCUGGCCAUGCCGAGUGACGUGGAGGGGACGAAAGACGACGUGUCUAGUCGAAGAUCUGCAACGCCAUGGGCUGAAUUGCUGGUGAAUUCAGCAGUACCAGCAACCGCUGUUGCUGUCAACCUGGGGGAGGAGACCAGUGAGCAGCCGUCAACGGCGAAAGACUCGAGCAAAGACAAACUCAGUGUAUUGGGGAGUUUUCAGAGACGUACAUUCAGUAGAAUAAGUUUCAAUGGCGAAACGGGUCCGCUGCUCAGCAGAUAUCGACAGACGAGAUUUAGCUCCAGGCGAGUGAGAAAACGAGUGGUGUUCAAGCACGGUGACUGCAACGUUGUCCAGGGAAACGUCGCUAAGAGGCGUCGCAGAUAUCUUCAGGAUAUUUUUACGACAUUGGUGGAUGCUCAAUGGCGCUGGACACUGCUGGUAUUCUCGAUGAACUUUUUACUAUCGUGGUUGGGGUUUGCAAUUGUCUGGUGGAUCAUAGCGUACGCCCACGGUGAUCUCGAUCCCCGAAAUUUCACUGACGCCAACAAAACUUUCACCCCCUGUGUCGAGGAUAUACAUGGCUUCACCAGUUGUUUUUUAUUCUCAGUCGAGACUCAGCACACUAUCGGUUAUGGAUCGAAGCACACAACUACAGAGUGCCCAGAAGCAAUAUUCAUAAUGUGCAUCCAAUCAAUGACCGGAGUUAUACUGCAAGCUUUCAUGGUUGGCAUUGUAUUUGCCAAGUUAUCACGUCCAAAAAAACGCACACAGACCCUUUUAUUCUCCCGUAAUGCGGUGAUUUGUCAAAGAGACGGCCAGCCAUGCCUAAUGUUCCGCGUCGGGGACAUGAGAAAGAGCCACAUCAUAGAGGCACACGUUCGUGCACAGAUGAUAAAACGAAAGGUGACGAGAGAGGGUGAACUACUGCCAUUUUACCAGACUGAAUUGAGAGUCGGUGGUGAUGGUGAGGAGGAUAAAAUAUUCUUCAUCUGGCCGACUACCAUUGUCCAUAAAAUUGAUGAGCAUUCGCCAUUGUAUCAUCUCUCUGCAAGUGAUAUGCUUAAAGAGCGCUUCGAAAUUAUUGUUAUGCUCGAAGGUGUUAUAGAGUCAACGGGAAUGACGACACAGGCCAGAAGCUCGUACCUACCGACUGAAAUACUCUGGGGUCACAGGUUCUCUCACAUCAUUACAUUUAAAAAGGAAACUGGAGAGUACGAAGUCAACUACAACCUCUUCAAUAACACAUACGAGGUAGAUACGCCUCUAUGUUCAGCUGCAGAACUCGAUCAGCUAAAAGCUUUGCAUCACGCCAAAGGAGAACGAAUGAGUUCAGCAACAUUUCCAACAUACCGUGAGGACUCAAGCAGCUCGUUGACAACGAGUUCCGGUUCUAGUUCAGCAUCAUCAUCUGGUGGUUUACACAUGCACUCACCAACACCACCCACGCCAAUUCCCGUGAUGAUAACUGGCCCGGACGAUUCACCAAGACGUAACAGUAUCAAUGUACAGCCGGAUCAGAGAUUAGCAGUGUUCUACACACACGAUGAGGAUGACGAUCAAGCUGGAUGCAGUAGUGUAGUAAUCAAAGCGAGUGAGCAGGAGGAUUACAAUACAGUUUUGGAGGGCAUAAACGCGAGCAUCAGGAAAAAUCGAGGAGAGAGUAAUAAAUCUAGGGAGGAGAGAGCCAUUCCCAGGAAUGAAUCGAAAUCAACAAUUAAAAAGCACGAUUCCAAAUCCAGUUCCGAUGGAAUGAAAAGAUCAUCCACGAGAGUAUCAUUAGAGCCGUCAUCAUCGACCAGUGCCAUGAAAAAAUCCGCCUCAAGGGUCACCUUGGAUCCAAGACACACGAGAUUCGCAGACUUACCUCAACACGAUGAACUCUCUAGUCACAUAAAAUCUAGUCUCGAUAAUAACCACAAAUCCGAUACCCACAGUGUGUUGAGCUACGUAGACGAGGAUAAAAAGCCAGAGAGACUCAUAAGGAUAUCGCCACCCCCGCGGCUACUGCCAAGGCCAGAAGUUUCUGAUAUCAAAGCAACAAAUCAUUAUCCACCUCAUAGUAAUCCGGAGGAGCAGGUCUAAAUUAAACGUCUCGGUACACGAUACCUCCAAUUGAAACUAUGGCAAAUGAUCUAGGGACAAUCUGAAUGAGAUAAGAGGAUGAUGCACAUGGUGAUUUCGAUGCCCGUCCGGGCAAACUCCUCAUCGACCCCUGCAAUUUAGC